AUGGGUGCAGUGGGUACAAUGGGUGCAGUGGGUGCAGUGGGUGCAGUGGGUGCAAUGGGUGCAGUGGGUACAAUGGGUGCAGUGGGUGCAGUGGGUGCAGUGGGUGCAGUGGGUGCAGUGGGUACAAUGGGUGCAGUGGGUACAAUGGGUACAAUGGGCGCAGUGGGUACAAUGGGCGCAGUGGGUACAAUGGGUGCAGUGGGUACAAUGGGUGCAGUGGGUACAAUGGGUGCAGUGGGUGCAGUGGGUGCAGUGGGUGCAAUGGGUGCAGUGGGUACAAUGGGUGCAGUGGGUGCAGUGGGUGCAGUGGGUGCAGUGGGUGCAGUGGGUGCAGUGGGUGCAGUGGGUGCAGUGGGUGCAGUGGGUGCAGUGGGUGUAUGGAAGAAGAGGAUAUGGGAUUGCGCACACGACUGCGACGCUCGUGUCUCUGCCACAGCGGCUGUGGAGGGGGGGUGA